AUGAACGAAUUAAUCUGGGUCAACGUGUCGCCUCGAGUAGACAGGUCAAAAGUCGAGUUGGCCGAGACAGCCUGGCAUUGCGGCGCACAGGGCAAAAGUUUUGAUACUGGCAUCAAAAGUGAACACGACAGUGAUGAUACCUCCCUCAUUGAUCCUGCGAUUCUGUAUCCGCCGCCCCCUGAAGCAGAGGCCGGGAACAGCUCGGAAGACGGCACACUGUUCCACGGAUUUUUGGACAUCGAAAACCGGGACUACUACGAUGAUGGUAGGCUUAGAGAGGCUGGUAUUUCGGCAGCCUUGUACAGUUCCGAACCAGCAGGAACGGCAGAAUCGGAUUACGACACUCCCCACUCGCUCGACGACGAUGCCGGCAAUGCUUCUUCUGCUUACCCGUCGGCUCCUCUGAACCCGACACAGCCACAGAUUGGCUUGCCAGCUGUCGGGGUGCAGCAAGAACACUGGCCAUACCCACAACCUGUUCGGCCAGCAGACACGCUUCACCAGUACUACCAGGAUACGCGGCUCGUGACACGGGCGGGACAGCAGGGCCGUAUCCGGCGUCGUCAGCGUUCUUCCGUGAACCAGAACCAUCCGCCUGGAUUGCUGCCGCCUUGGCUCAUAUCUUCCUACCGCUCAGCCAGCCUGACACACCACAAACCUCUCACGGCUGCGUGGGCCCAACACGAGCUCGACCUCUUGGAGCGAACGCCCCGGUCUGAAAUCGACGACGCAUUCCGUGACCAGCACUUUCCCGACCGCACGGAUUUGGCUGUCAGCGCAAAGUGGCUGGAACUGUGUCGCAACCGUCAGCACCGUCAAAUCAUUCUUUGGAAGAGAGAGGCAGAGGCAGAGGCUGCACGGCCUCUGCCGGUACGAGGGCCCAUGAGCCCCACAAGCCCCAUGGGCUCCACAGCUUCCACCGACCAACAGUCCCCGCCGGCCGCAGGCAACGAGCCAAGUGGCGAGAAAGGCUCGGACCGUGAGGAAGAAAGCAACGAAGAUGCCAAAGACGAGGACACCUGUCCGGAUGAGGUCGGUAUGGAUGAUGCUCCGACUGCAGAAGACGAGCUGUGA